UUUCCGCCCGGAGGUGUGAGUGUCGCAGCCCUUAAGAAGCAAGGACCGCCACACGCCAUUGUAUGAAUUUGUUGCAAGUCUUUUUCGUUUAAUUUUAUUAAGAAUUUAUGCACAGUUAGAUUUAACAGUCCACUGUUAAAUCAUCGACUCCCGAUUUUAAGGAAAAACGUUUUAUUUACAAGUAAGGACAUGGCAACAGAUUCGUGGGCCCAGGCUGUCGAUGAACAAGAAGCCGCUGCGGAAUCGAUAAGCACCUUGCAAAUAAAUGAAAAAGAUGACAAGCCGAAAGCUGAAGCAAAUGGAGCAAAGACAGAAGGAAAUGGCAAUAAAACAGAAGGAAAUGGCAAUAAGACAGAAGGAAAUGGCAGUAAAACCGAGGAAGAUGAUAAAGACGACAAGGCAGCACAGUCACUGUUGAAUAAACUGAUCCGCAGUAAUCUAGUGAACACGACCAAUCAAGUUGAAGUCCUCCAGAGGGAUCCGAGCUCUCCACUGUACUCGGUCAAGUCAUUUGAAGAGCUGCGAUUAAAACCUCAGCUGUUGCAAGGAGUGUACGCCAUGGGUUUCAACAGGCCCUCCAAAAUCCAGGAGACUGCAUUGCCCAUGAUGCUCGCAGAACCUCCACAGAAUCUCAUCGCUCAGUCUCAGUCAGGCACGGGUAAAACGGCUGCCUUUGUGCUGGCCAUGUUAAGUCAUGUGGACCCUGAAAACAAAUGGCCUCAGUGUCUGUGUGUGUCUCCCACGUAUGAGCUGGCUCUGCAGACAGGCAAGGUCAUUGAGCAGAUGGGGAAGUUUUACCCUGAAGUCCAACUAGUGUAUGCCAUCAGAGGAAACAAAUUGGAGCGGGGAACAAGACUACAGGAGCAGGUCGUGAUUGGCACUCCGGGAACUGUUUUGGAUUGGUGCCAAAAGCUCAAAUUCAUCGACCCCAAGAAGAUCAAAGUGUUUGUGCUGGACGAGGCUGAUGUCAUGAUCGCUACACAGGGCCAUCAAGACCAGAGUAUUCGCAUCCAGAGGAUGCUUCCUAAAACUUGCCAGAUGCUCCUGUUCUCUGCCACAUUUGAAGAAACUGUGUGGAACUUUGCGAAGAGGAUCGUUCCUGACCCCAACAUUAUUAAACUGAAGCGUGAGGAGGAGACUCUGGACACCAUCAAGCAGUAUUAUGUCAUCUGCAACAGCAAGGAGGAGAAGUUCCAGGCUUUGUGCAACAUCUAUGGAGCCAUUACUAUCGCACAGGCCAUGAUCUUCUGCCACACCAGGAAAACGGCCGGCUGGCUGGCAGGAGAGCUGUCCAGAGAAGGCCACCAGGUGGCGCUGCUCAGCGGAGAGAUGCAGGUGGAACAGAGGGCAGCGGUCAUCGAGCGCUUCCGUGACGGCAAGGAGAAAGUCCUUGUUACCACUAAUGUCUGUGCUAGAGGUAUUGAUGUGGAGCAAGUUUCAGUGGUCAUCAACUUCGAUCUGCCAGUGGAUAAGGAUGGCAACCCUGACAAUGAGACGUAUUUGCACAGAAUCGGGCGCACUGGGAGGUUCGGCAAGAGAGGGUUGGCGAUCAACAUGGUGGACAGCAGAUUUAGCAUGAACAUCCUCAACCGCAUCCAGGAGCACUUCAAUAAGAAAAUCGAGAAGCUGGACACAGAUGAUUUGGAUGAAAUUGAGAAAAUCGCUAACUGAGCGUCCGUCUUUGUUCUUCAAAUAGGACUGUGCUCACGCUACAUUUUAAUUCGGAGGCUGGAAGGGCUGUGCCAGAGAGGAUGUUUACACGUGCAGCAGUUUUAUCUCAGAUGGUGUUUUUAAUCACGUUUCACUCUUUGUACUUGUUAAUAAAUUUUGAAUGUGUAGUCUGAACAACACUUGUAG